CCGUUUAUGGGGACCAACCAGCAGCGCACCACUGGUCUAUCGGCCACAAGCACUUCCAAAAUACGCACUGAAAUGCUUCGCCGAGAGUGAAACAUUCCAUAAUAAUCCCCGUUCAUGGCGUGCCGGUCAAAAGUGUCUGAGCCAGCUGACGGAGAAGAUAUUAUGAAGAGAAUACUGGGUCAACAAGUGCAGGAAUCAGCAUUAAAAUCGUACAACCGCACCGCAUUCUGGUCAUCGCCGCUGCAAAUACCAGUUGCACCCAGCAAGCAUAGUGGCAGUGACUGUUAUGAUAGAGCAGCUCUUCGCCAUUCCUGUUGCGCGGAUGGUGAAGUCGCGAGUUCGACCCUCACUCCCUCGCCGCAUGCGGUAAAAUUUCGGGGCUACUCGUCGGUGCGAAAUAUGGGUAAAUCAGUUCCAGCAGUGACGUCAGAUCUCUGCAAACCCUUCAGCGGGUGUUGCAUGUCCCUUGGGGCUCUCUGCAAGUCCCUUGACGCAGUGGUAGCGUGCGACUCUUAUAUGAUUCUCAAGAGAAUGGUAUGGAAUGUCGAAGUCGCGAGUUCGACCCUCGCAGGGACUAUCGAGUCUUUUUUUUCGCUGCCUCUAGGCCGUGACAUGCUAGUACUGAUCCAAAAUCUGUUCAUUGGCACCAGGGGACCAGGGGUCGACCACGAACCACUUUUGCCUGGCGCUGGGCCGUGCCGCACCUGUUUCGAUUCUAGGAAGUAUGAGGGACUCGAAUUUAGGCAGUCCGAGCUUCGGCAGAGAGGGUCGCGGCUGUGCAUCUGCGUUCAUGAUGGUCGUAGCGUUGCGUAGGUCGAGGGAAAGCCGGUUAAGACCGCGUAUCUGAUCUCCCGUAUGGCUGUCGCGCCGUCACGUCCAUCGACGGAGAGACGGUCAAGCCCGUGUAUAUGAAUCACAGCGCAGUAACCGGGGAUC